UCUCAUUUACGAUGACUAUUUAUUAAUGCUUGUCAGUGACAGGGCACAGACCUCACCACAGGGAGACUUGCUAUGAUUCAUGCGCGCUAUUUCUCAACAGGUAAAUAUUAAUCAUCGUAUCUGAUACUUUGUAACCCACCAACAUUUAAAAAACCUUUGGCAUGAGUUACAGCUCAUCUGAUCAAAACAUGCACACUUUGAGUAAUGGUUACCCUGAAUGUGGUGAACUGAGCGACCCACAGAACAGGUACGGCCACUCUCUGACUUCAAGGACCACGGAGUCCAUCAUCUCUCUCCUCUUGAGAAAAAAUGCAGAGAGGAAGAGGUCACACCAUCCGAACGACUUUCCCCAACACUUUGACCCCACAACCUCUUUAAACAAUUCUUACUAUGAUGAGUGCAGGACCAGCACUUUAAGUGAGGAUGGCGAAACCACACAGGUCCUAACCAGCCCAUUCAGUCCUAGUUGGGACCAUUCCUGCCUGGAGAAUCAUCGGGUCAAACGGGCCCGGGUCGAGAACAUUCUCCAACGCAUGGUUGGAUCUCCUCCGAAACAGUUCAGAGACGAAAUAGCCGCCGGUCCCCCUGCACAAACUAAUGCAUGGCACAGCAGCAGAGUGACUCUGCCACCACUGGAUUACAGCCAGGGCAGAGGCGAAACCUCCUGUGGUGAGGAUUACAAGACCAGGGAGAACCCUGAGCAUUUGAAUGUGCUUCAUGCAAGGCAUCAGAAAGACCAGAUGACCAAGGUCUACCACAAAAACUCUGAAGAGGAGUAUCCAAGAAGAGAGACUGCACCGAGGGGAGUUGCGAAAAAUGAGAAUCUCUCAUGCAUUACAAAUACAUCUUCUACACCGCUAAUACCAGACACUCCUAUCUUGCAUAAUUCCAGAGGUGACUUUCAACAUUGUUUGAGUGGUGAGUGGGAAAGAAACAGGAUCAAAAUACAGAGUAGUCACACGGGUCUGGACACAGAUGAACUGAUUGAACUUCUGAAGUCAGAGCUGUCCAGGGCUGUAAACUUGAGUGUUGAUUUGGUUUUCAAGAAAAUGUUUCACUCGUUAUUCAAGACACCGGCGCAGGAUCCUGACGUAGGGUCUGAGCACGCUUUGUUAGACGAAAAUGUGAAAUAUGAAGAGGCAACCACACCAAACUAUGACUUGUGUUCACAGAUAACAGAGCCUUCACUGCCAAAUGUUCAGACAGAAGCUUUGUCAUUGGUCAUUCAAAAACCAUCCAACCAGGAGAAUCCCAAUACAUUCACCCAAGUAAAUACAAGUUUUUCUGAGAUCAGCAAUCCACCCUCUCAAUCAAAACAAAAUAAUUUUCACAUAGACCAAGAAGUGCUACAGCGAUUUCAAGACAGCCCCACGAAUGUGCUGGACAGCCUUCCAUGUCAAUACAAUACAAGUCAGUCUUCGGUGGACAUAAUGUCACAUUCUUGGGAACCAAUCAAGGUAACUUCAAAGGGAAUGUCUAACUGUAUGAGCCAACAAGCACAACUGGUAGCUCUGAGUCAACUGGCCUUUGACAACCUCUGCCUUCCUCACAUCAAAAGGGAAAACCAAGGCUUGGUGGAAAACAACUCAUUCUUGCCUCUUAAUAUUCAGGAGGGACUGACCCCUGGCCAUCUAAAAAAGGCAAAGCUAAUGUUCUUCUACACACGUUACCCAAGCUCUAAUGUGCUGAAAACCUUCUUUCCUGAUGUAAAGUUCACCAGGUGCAUCACAUCCCAGCUGAUCAAGUGGUUCAGCAACUUCCGCGAGUUCUAUUACAUCCAGAUGGAGAAGUUUGCGCGGCAGGCCGUGGCGGAGGGAGUGGGCAACACGAGGGACAUCACGAUGGACCGGGACUCCGAGCUCUUCAGAGCACUGAACACACAUUACAACAAAGCCAAUGACUACCAGGUCCCAGACAGAUUUCUUGAGGUUGUGGAAAUAACACUAAGAGAGUUCUACACUGCCAUCUCCCUGUCCAGAGAUAUGGACCCCUCUUGGAAGAAGGCAAUAUACAAGGUCAUAUGUAAAUUAGACAGUGAUAUCCCAGCAGCAUUUAAAUCUCCUUUGUUCACAUAGUGAUGUAAUUGAGUGAGGAGACCAAGAGGUACUGAAUGCUAGAAUAUAAAAAUGCAUGCUGUCAAUCACUUUGCAAAUGUAAAAUUAAGAAUGAAUUAAUCCAGGUAAUGAAGCAUGCAGUUUGCUAAACAAGUCAUGGUGAGGUUUGGAAAAAAAUGUCUGUUGGUAUAUGUUCUUAUUCUGUGAAGUUAUCUUUUAAAAGUAUACGCUGUUAGUUUUUAACGUCUUACCUGACAGAUUUCCCUUGAUGGUAUACAAUUAAUAUGCCACAAUAUGUUCUCAAAUACUGAGACAAUCUACAGUCUACUGGAAUACUCUGAUUAAAUGCCAGUGGACUACAGUGUACAGCUGAUUCACUUACCUUCAAAAUGCUAAAAAAAAAAUGAUCAUAGUUCCAAUUGGCAAAUGUUUUAUGCAUUUGACUCGUGUCUCAGUAAAAAUAAUCCCUUAUCCACUAUGUCACUUGGUCCACAGAAAAUCUGAUGUCAGCUUUUCUCAGCGGUGAAACCUUACAAUUGAAAAUGUCUAAGUGCUACAUCAUAAAGUACCAAAAAUUUAUCGACAUACUCACACAGAAAAUCACAGGACUAGCCUCAAACUGGCCAGUGUUUGUGUAUUGUAACAGAUGAGUUUCUGUUCAGUUUUUGUGCACAUCAUUUUUUGUGAGUUCAAGAGAGACAAAUCUGUACUCUCCCCUGAGACAUUUAAUUGCUAGAUGAAGAAAUUGUAAGUGGAGGGACCAAAACUUCAUUUAAUAAUAAAUAAGGCUUAACUCAUUAUUCUCCAUAACAUGUUAAUCAGUUCUUUGCAGUUUUAACACUAAUUAACACUGCUUUACUGCAAACAUAAAAUGGUGCAAAACGUACUGAAAUGCAGCCAGCUCACAGGAGAGAACAGUUCUCUAUAACUACCUAGCUAGCGCCCAUACUAAAUAACUGCAAUCUAUGGGCACUAAAUAUAAAAAUGGUAAUCUUAAAGGUAGGGUAAGCAAUGCGAAGCGAUUUCUAACACACGACACUUUUUUGUGUUGUAACAUUCGGAGAACGUUUUCUGUAGAUCCUCUAGCUCUACAUUCUCUGAAAACACUGUAUAAGUGUAGCAGCCUGUACCCCAAACACACCAGGAAGAUGUACCCCUUAGGGAGCACUGAAAGGAAGAGUGAGCUACCUCUGUGGUAGUUUAGUUUGGUUCAAAUGUACAGUACAUAUGGAAAAGUGCUUCACUUUUUCCCCAUUUUCUUAUGUCACAGCCUUAUUCCAAAAUGGAUUAAAUGUAUUUUUCCCCUCAAAAUACCCCAUAAUGACAACUAAAAAAAAAACUUUGAGAUUUUUGCAAAUUUAUUAAAAAUUAAAAACAAAGAAAAUCAGAGGCACAGUUCCCGGGAAGGGUACAGAAAAUGUUCUGCUUUAAAGGUCCCAAUGAGCACAGUGGCCUCCAUCAUCCGUAAAUGGAAGAAGUUUGGAACCACAAGGACUCUUCCUAGAGCUGGCCUUCCCUCUAAACUGAGUGAUCGGGGGAGAAGGGCUUUAGUUGGGGAGGUGACCAUUAACCCGAUGGUCACUCUGACAGCUCCAGGAUGACCAUCGCUGCAGCACUCCACCGUUUUUCACCGAGGGAACUGGGAGAUUAGUCAGGAUUGAGGGAAAGAUGAAUGCAGCAAUAUACAUAGACAUCCUGGAAGAAAACCUGCUCCAGAGCGCUCUUGACCUCAGACUGGGAUGACUAUUCAUCUUUUAACAGGGCAACGACCCUAAGCAAACAGCCAAGAUAUUGAAGUGGCUUUAGGACAACUCUGUGAAUGUUCUAUAUAGUGGCCCAGCCAGAGCCCAGCCUUGAAUCCCAUUGAACAUCUCUGGAGGGAUUGAAAAUUGGCUGUGCACCGAUGCUCACCAUCCAACUUGAUGGAGCUCGAGAGGUUCUGUAAAGAGGAAUGGGCCAUAGGUGUGCCAAGCUUGUUACUUCAUAUUCCAAAAGACGUGAGGCUGUAAUUGCUGCCAAAGGUGCCACAACAAAGUAUUGAGCAAAGGCUGUGAAUACUUCUGUAGUGUACAUAUUAUAUUUUUGUUCUUUAUUUCUAAUAAAUUUGCAAACAUUUAAAAAAAAUGUUUUUCAUGGUGUCAUUAUGGAGUAUUGUGUGUAGAAUUU